CACCAACAUCCACUGAUCAUUACACUCAUCAUUUAAACAGCCUUCAGCUCCAAGGGGACUUUAAAAGACAGCGGUGAACAGAGACAUCCCCUGAUAUAUUAUUACAACUAUUUGGUUUUCUAUUUUGUUUGGAGAGCUCUGUGUUCCAGUGUACAGGAGUUUAGACGGUUAGGAGCAGAGCAUGUUGGUGUGUGUGAUCCUGCUCCUGGUCUCUCUGUGUGCCCAGGGAGGAAACGGCAAGGACACACAGAAACCAGGCCAUGUUUCUGUGGUGAUAGUGGGAGGUACAGGUGACCUGGCAAAGAAGUACCUGUGGCAGGGCUUCUUCGAGCUCUACGUCAACCAGGUCAGCAGUGGAUACAGCUUUUCCUUCUAUGGUGGGGGACUGUCACCUGUUGAAAAAGCCAAGCCUGUCUUCUUUGGCAUCCUGAAGGCAGUGACCUGUCCGAAGGAUGUGUCACAGGAGCGCUGCGCUCUGCUGAAAGAGCAGUUCCUGCGCCUCUCCGAGUAUCGACAGCUGAAGACCUUAGAAGAUUAUCAGGAUCUAGCCAAGCAUAUUGAGCAGCAGCUUCAGCAGGAGGGACUGACUGAGGCAGGGAGGCUCUUCUACCUCUCAGUGCCAGCAUUUGCUUACGCAGACAUCGCUGAGAAAAUAAACAGCAGCUGCAGGCCAGUUAGUGGUGCAUGGCUGAGGGUAGUAUUGGAGAAACCUUUUGGACAUGAUUUCAGGAGUGCUCAGGUACUGGCAUCUCAGCUGGAGAGCUCCUUGAAAGAUGAAGAAAUGUACAGAAUAGAUCAUUACCUGGGGAAGCAGGUGGUUGCAAAGAUUCUUCCAUUCAGGAUAGAAAACAGGAAGUUUCUGGAUCCAAUCUGGAACAAGCACUACAUUGAGAGAGUGGAGAUAGUACUGAAAGAGACCCUGGAUGUAAAAGGUCGCAUUCCUUUCUACGACCAAUACGGGGUGAUCAGAGAUGUGCUACAGAACCACCUGACUGAAGUUAUGACCCUGUUGACAAUGCAGCUCCCUGUGAAUCUGACCAGCAGUGAGGAGGUCCUUCAAAACAAGCUACAACUCUUCAGCUCCCUGCUACCUAUAGGAAAGAAUCAAGCUGUGAUUGGGCAGUACCAAGCAUACAAAACUCAGGUUCAGCAGGAGCUCAAUGUGUCAAAAGAUCACGUCAGUAUCACGCCAACAUUUGCAGCUGUGUUGGCACACAUCGAUGAGGCCCAGUUUGAAGGAGUCCCAAUUCUUUUGACUUCAGGGAAGAUGUUGGAUGAACGUGUUGGAUAUGCACGCAUACUUUUCAAGAAUGACAUCUUUUGUCUCCAGAACCACAACAGCGUUCACUGCAAGCCCAAACAGAUAGUUUUCCACUUUGGCCAUGGCAACCUUCAAUACCCAGCAAUCCUUGUGAGCAAGAAUUUAUUUAAACCUGUUUAUAAAGAUUUAAAGUGGAAAGAAGUGACAGAGCACAAAGACGUCAGCAUUCUGGGUUUGCCUGUUUCAGACUACUAUGUGCAGACUCCAACAGAGCAGAAGGAAGCUUAUACAGAGCUGAUCUCUCAUAUUUUUGCUGGGCAUAAAAAUAGUUUCAUUAGUACUGAAAACUUGCUUGCCUCCUGGGGGAUGUGGACACCACUUCUCAUCAGCAUAGCCAGCUCAUUUCCACGCAUCUACCCAGGAGGAGCAGACAAUGGAGACCUGCUGGAUGUGCGUUUAAAAGGGAAAGAGAUUAGUUACAACAGCGAGGUGGUAAUCAUCAGCAAUGAUCCCAUGAGUGCGACAACAACAAAGGGUUUUCAGGUGAUGCAGGGUAAAUUCCGGGGCUCUGACAUGGUGUCUGCGUGGGCGGAGGAGCUGGUGGAGAAGCUAGCUGCUGAUUUGCAGGAAGCAGCUGAGGAAGCGGUGCGUGAGAGUGGUGUUUUCCAUCUCGCCCUUUCUGGCGGAUCAUCUCCCCUUGCUCUGUUCCACCACCUUGUUCUGCAUCACUUCUCCUUCCCCUGGAGGGACACCCACGUGUGGAUGGUGGAUGAGCGCUGUGUGCCAACAACUGAACUUGACUCAAACUUCCGAAAUGUCCACGACCAUCUGCUGCAGCACGUGAGGAUUCCCUACUACAACAUCCACCCCAUGCCGGUGCAGCUGAACCAGCGUCUGUGUGUGGAGGAGGAUGAAGGAGCGCUGCAGUAUGAAAAAGAAAUCAGGAGGCUGGUUAAUGGAUCCAGUUUUCACUUUGUGCUGCUAGGAGUCGGCUAUGACACCCACACAGCCUCCCUCUUCCCAGGGAGUAAUUUGGGAGAGCAUGGAGAGAGACUGGUGGCCCUGACAGAGAGUCCCGCCAAGCCUCACAGGCGCAUGAGUAUCACUUUUAAUGCCAUUAACCGAGCCCACAGGGUUGGUCUCUUAGUGAUGGGUAAAGGCAAACAUGAAAUGAUCACCCAGCUGAGCCGAGUAAAGGACAACCCAGAGAAAUGGCCCAUCACUGGGGUGAAGCCCUCUGAUGGCAGGUUAGUUUGGUACCUAGACUAUGAUGCCCUUUUAGGAUAGUAUCAUUUCUGGCUGUUUUAAUUGACUGGAAGAUAAUUAACCAGCACUUAAAGGAGCAGUUUACAUGUAUGACUUUAUUGAUCACAAAUGCUACAACUUCGUACGUGGCUUUCUUCAUUGCAACCAGUCAUUGGUUACAGUUCUCAUUGAAAUAUCAUAGAAAUGUAUCAUGGCUGUCACUCUUAAUUUUGACAGGGGAAAUGUACAUUUAAAGCUGUUUAAAGCUAUGAAAUUCUUUUUGUGACUGAUGCAUGUCACCUCAUGUGGCUAAAAAAAGCUUUCAAACAAGAGUUAACCGCAAGAAAGAGUUCCAGAUAAACCACAAUGGGACAGACUGACAUCAACAACACAGUAAGAUUUUAAGGGUUAUAACAAUGAAAAUUUUAAAAACUAGUAGUCAAAGUGUUGGGGCCUGUGUCCACUAAUUUUUAAAAAUAUCUGUCAGCGCCUGUUCUAUUGAGAAAUAUGAGCUAAUGCAUUCUAAGCUCAAAAACAUCAUCAUUGCUGGACUCAGUGCUAUCAGUUGAAAAUUGUGAAACUCUUGUAUCUCUUGGGUCAGGCUUUGCUAUAUCAACUCUGAUUGGGGAGAAACUGAUUCUUCUCCAUGCAGAAAUCACUUCCUGCCCCCCAUCUGGAGCUCUUCUCUGUGACAUGACAUCAUCUGCAAACAAUUGAUAAUAGCACAUUUUUAGCAUACAGAGAAAUUUAUAGCACUCUCACUGUUCACUACCAAGGGAAGUGGCAGAGCUGUUAAACAACAUUGUAUCCUAGCAACAGUAAUCACUGGCAAGAAAUGAAUUCAUAUUGAGGUUGUGGGUGCUACCAGCACAAAACGUCAACAGUGGACACAAGCCUUUAAACUCUAGUUGAAAACAGCUGAUGUAAAUCUUGAAACUCAGAACUUAAACCACCAUUUCCCAUCAUCUUUUAGUAACUUAUAUUCAGAGUUUUUAUAUUUUGUGCAAGCCUAAAUACAUUUGGCAGAUUAGUCAAUAUCUACAAUAUAUAUAAAUAAAUAUAUUUUAUAUACAUUUUUACAGUUUGCAAAGUGCAAAGUAGAACACUUAAUGAAGGUCUGAUGCUGUAGACAGUUUAGAUACUUGUUAAAAACACAUAAAUGAUCUCAGGCAGUAAUACAGUUUACAGUGGGAUUUAUACCUCCUGAUUGUAUGUUUUCCAUUUCUGGGUGUCAGUGACUUACCUUAAAUUUUAUAAAUUAUUAAAGGAUACUAAUCCAGAUUGAUGCCUUAACAAUACAUUUUUGUAUGUUGAUGCAUGAAAUGAAAACAUUUGUUACUGAUGUGAUUAGGGGUUUUUAAACAUAUUUUGUGCAUCAUGUUUGAAGUACCUUCCUGACUCACACACAUUUCCUUUAUUAAACCAAUACCUAUGAUCUUCAGGUGCUUUUUAAAGAAAGAAUUCACACAAGGGCAGCUUAUUUUAAUUUUCAGGUGAUUUAGAAAUUGUCUUUAAAUUAAAGUAGAGCUCUGAUUAGUUCAGCAAUCAAAUUAUCGUGCCUCUUGGAUCCAAAGACUGUAUCUAAAGAUGGACAGUGUACUUCAGCCUCCUCCUGUUGCACAGAGUUGAAGACAAAAAUAACCCUGUGAAAGGUGCUGACAUAACACACAUUUGAAGACAGCGUCCAUACAGUAGGGAUCAGCUGAAUGAGCAGCAGCACUGACGUCAUGCCUCUUCCAUUAAUAUAGAUUGAUAUUGAUUGGUUUGAGCCAUGUCCUAUCUGUUAACAUGGAGGAAGUGGGACUGCAUGUUACAGCCUUUACUGCAGCCAGUCAGUUUUGGUUUCACUUCUGAUGCUGUGUUGUGCCAUCCAUUCUUUAUACAGUCUAUGGUUGGAUCCGCUAUGAUGAGCAUUAGUGUUUUGUUGUACUAAAUCAUGGUUGUUAAGUCAUAAAUAUUAAAUCACUUGAUAGUUUAUUAUGCUCUGUAACAUGGGUACAUGUGACAGUGAUUAUUUAUUUGUCUACAUUUUUGAAAAUGAUGUUUUCUCCUAUAAUUAUAUCUUAUCUCUUUACUUUUUUAUUUCAAUUUUGGCUUAUCAUGUGUGAAAUUUUCAAUUAAGAUGGUGGUAAUGACGAUUAGUGUAAAGAUGUUUUUCUGGACACUGACAAUGCAAGCACAAAGUUCUCCAAUUUUAUUUUUACACAUUCAUUUUGUUCUAAAGCUGUUCCUACAACGUUUAGCUUUACUUUCACUUCGUGUAAUCAUACUCAGAAUCUACUCUGUAAUUUGUGAAAACAUGACAUAAAUAUUGAUUGUUCAACAAAUAAAAAUGCACCAGCUUUAAAA